ACUGAAGGUACCGUUUUGGCGAAACUGUAGGUUGACCGUUACUCCCUUGACAUUCUUGAAAGGGGAACGGAGUUUAAGGAGAUUUUAGAAGUGGAUGUCGAUAAUCAAACCGAAGUGUUCCGUGUUCCUCAGCACAACGAUGUGGACGCAAUGGAAAUGAUGAAUGAUUUUAACUUGGUAAGUGUGUGAUCAAAAACUUAGGGUCCUUUACAAAAAGAUGUUCCACUGUCAUCUAAAAAAUAUCGACUCCUUGUGUGUGUAGUGAGGGACUCGGUAAUUUCAUAAGUUUGUAAACAUGGUUGUUGUUGUUGUUGUUGUUUUUAUUCAAACUUAUUGACAUUGGGAGAUCGAGUCAGAUUUGCAUACGCGACAAAAUUAGAUCAAUCAAACAAAAACAUAGUCCACAGGUAGACAACCCUGUAGGUUUGAGGCCGAGUGACGUCAGUUAUUUGAUACGUUAGUUGAACUCUUACAUUGUUUGUAAUUUGCAACGAUCGAUCUCGGCGAGACGGGCAAAAUCGGUAAACGCUGAGCCAAAAAUCAGUGCAAUUGCCCGCCUCUAACCGCCUCAAAAGCCAGCUCGAUUUCCGACAUUGGGUCCACAUUAUGUGCCCGAAGCUGGGAGAUGAGCGACAUUUGGAAGCGGAAGAAAUUCGGCGAAGUUCUGGAGGUUUUUGGCUCAGCCGGUUCUGGAAGUUGCAGGCCUUGUGUUUUUCCUUUGCCUUUGGAGGGGCAUCAGUGCAAAGUGGGGAAUUAACCGUCCCAAAACCCUGCAAAAUCACUCGAGACAACACAGAAAAACAAAGUUUAGUGAACUUUAUUUAUCUGAUCGUCAUGAAGCGGAUUUUGGGGAAGAAAUGUUAUGAUUUGCGGUAUUUAUGAAACAUUUCUCGGGAUCACUCGCGUCUUGCCGAGAUCGACCGCUGCAAAAUAAAAACAAUGUAAGAGUUCUAAUUGUGUAUCAAAUAACUGACGUCACGCGGCCUCAAACCCACCGGGUUGUCGGCCUGUGUUUAGUCUAUGGUGUAUGGCGCGCCAACUGUAACAAAAUUUUUGACGGCAUGCAAAGCAUAUUAAUAUCUAGAUUUAGCCAAACCUAAUAGCGGAGCUCUUUUAGCUUAUUUUCCAGCCCUUCUUUAUAAUAAAAACUGUAAUAAAACUCUUCAGCAGUGGUUGUAGAAGAGUUUCUUCAAGGGGAUUAGGGAACAGUCCAGGGGGGUGGGGAGGAGAGAAAACUUAACCAGGUCUGGAACCUGGGGACUUUCAAAGCGACCAACACGUAUGUUAGUCAGCGAUAUCUUCUAGCAGCUAAGGACCUUAAUGUUUUGAGCAAAUUUUCGAAGACAGGGAAUGUUUCCUUCUUCAGAUGAAGCGUAUGAUGUCAGAAUCAGCUAAAAUUAUAUUCUGUCGAGCGUGACUGAUAAUUUCGGUUUAGGAAAAUGAGCCAAUAUUGAAAGAAACGACGGUAAACUACUUCGCGUUUAGAGACAUCACCGGUCGUUUGAAGAGUACACACGUGAGAACAGUGAGUAAGUAAAACAAUACGGUUGCGGUUGACAAAGCUUUAGCUCUGCCGGUGUUGUUGCUUUGCGAGUUGAAUAGAAAUUGCAAAAUACUGAUAAUUACUGUUCAACUACAACCUCAACAGUUUGAUUUCCCGCUCAAAACGCGGGUAACAAAUUACUUGCUUACGCGGCUUCAUUUCCACUAGCCCACGUGGAGCCCACAUGUAAUGCCUAACCGCUGCAUUAAGGCUCGGCACCCGAGUAUGAGCACUUCAUUGUCAUCUACCGGUGUGUCUUGGCGCAAACUAUGGGGUAUCCAAGUUAUGCACGCAAUCGCGCCUGCACAUUACCUUCUUCCCCGCCCUUCCAUUACGUAAGGGCUGAUAGUGCCCGCAAUGCAGUUGAGCUUACUCUGUGCCAAUUAUCAAGGUUCAACUCUGUGAGUCCCGAAUCCGAAAAUGUUUGGCCAAUCGGUUCGAAACCCUAAGCAGAGAAAAGCACUUUCAACGUUUCGAUAGACGAUUUGUUUAUCGGAAUCUGAUUUUUUCCUAAAUUCUCGCCAGUAAUAACACUUUUUUUCAUCUGCCAAAGUGAUCAAAUCCAAUAGAUUACACUUUAAUACUUAAAGGAAAUCGAAAAAUUUAGCCCCUGAAAGUAUAUUGUAUCCUUAAGGGGUACUCAACAAUAAGCAGGGAGAAUUAUAGAUGUUCUAUUGACCUAGCCAGGUAUGAAACCAUUCGAGUUCCCAGCCAGGAAAUUCUGCGUCGAUUUAAUUGAAAAACUCUUCCAAGAAACGAAAUUCUUCUAUCGGAUCAAAAAACCGGUUGUGCGAGUACUCUGGAACGCGGAUGAUUUUGCCCAACUACACUUCGCCAUAUUUUCAAUUAUAUUUCUAGGAAAGUGCCUAAAGAACAGUUUCCAUCAGAACAUGUACCGUUGUUUUGCCAGUUAAGUGAGUAGUUAUCCACUGUGAACUUGCAAAAACAUCUUCUAAA